GGGAGGAGGAGGGCGGCGGAGCUCAGGCCACCCGCGGGCCCCAAGGUUUGAGGCGCCGAGGUCCGCUAGGAAAGUUCGCCGGGAGUCCAGCAGGGAGUUGGAGCGAAGUUUGGCCGGCCGCGGCCGGGCGCCCCGUCUUCUCUCUGUGCCUGCCUGCCUCCCCCUUCGGGGGGAGCCCCACUCUGCCCACCUCCACCAUGUCUUCCAUCCUGCCCUUCACCCCCCCGAUCGUGAAGCGCCUACUGGGCUGGAAGAAAGGCGAGCAGAACGGGCAGGAGGAGAAGUGGUGCGAGAAGGCGGUCAAAAGCCUGGUCAAGAAGCUGAAGAAGACCGGGCAGCUGGAUGAGCUGGAGAAGGCGAUCACCACGCAGAACAUCAACACGAAAUGCAUCACCAUCCCCAGAUCCUUGGAUGGCCGACUGCAAGUGUCUCACCGCAAAGGUCUGCCCCACGUGAUCUAUUGCCGCCUUUGGCGAUGGCCGGACCUUCACAGCCACCAUGAGCUCCGGGCCAUGGAAAUGUGUGAAUUUGCCUUCAAUAUGAAGAAAGAUGAAGUCUGUGUGAAUCCCUAUCAUUACCAGAGAGUAGAGACACCAGUUCUACCUCCUGUUUUGGUCCCAAGACACACAGAGAUCCCAGCUGAGUUCCCUCCACUAGAUGACUACAGCCAUUCCAUUCCAGAGAAUACGAACUUCCCUGCAGGGAUCGAACCCCAAAGCAAUUACAUUCCAGAAACCCCACCCCCUGGUUACCUAAGUGAGGAUGGAGAAACCAGUGAUCACCAGAUGAACCACAGCAUGGAUGCAGGUUCUCCAAACUUAUCUCCAAAUCCUAUGUCCCCCGCACACAAUAAUUUGGAUCUGCAGCCUGUCACAUACUGCGAGCCGGCCUUCUGGUGCUCCAUCUCCUACUAUGAGCUGAACCAGAGGGUGGGGGAGACUUUCCACGCCUCUCAGCCUUCCAUGACAGUGGAUGGUUUCACUGACCCAUCCAACUCGGAGCGCUUCUGCCUGGGUUUAUUGUCCAAUGUGAACAGGAACGCCGCCGUGGAGCUCACCAGACGACACAUUGGGAGAGGAGUGCGGCUCUAUUACAUCGGAGGGGAGGUCUUUGCAGAGUGCCUCAGUGACAGCGCCAUUUUUGUCCAGUCCCCCAACUGUAACCAGCGCUAUGGCUGGCACCCAGCAACCGUCUGCAAGAUUCCGCCAGGAUGCAAUCUGAAGAUAUUCAAUAACCAGGAGUUUGCUGCCUUGCUGGCUCAGUCUGUCAAUCAGGGUUUUGAGGCCGUUUACCAGCUGACUCGGAUGUGCACCAUUCGCAUGAGCUUUGUCAAAGGCUGGGGAGCUGAAUACAGGAGACAGACUGUGACCAGCACCCCCUGUUGGAUUGAGCUACAUCUGAAUGGUCCUCUCCAGUGGCUGGAUAAGGUCCUCACACAGAUGGGCUCCCCUAGCAUUCGAUGCUCUAGUGUAUCUUAGAGACAUCUAUAGGGAAUGGGGAGGGUGGAGGUGCUGGUGGUGGUGGUGGGAGGGGUAGUGAGGGAGGUGGGAAAAUCUAAGACUCAUUAAAAAUGGGAAGCCUGUUUAACUGACAGCUGUCAAAGAAGAAACUUUUCUCCUCAACCAAAGUGAUAUUGACACACUUUUAAAAAGACAACCAGAUAUAGAGGUAGUUUUUGAAAGUAACUAUUCAACUCAGCCACUUCUACAGAUCAAAGUUGGGAAUUUGGCUCAUAGCAUGAGGUGCCAUAGAGUCAAUUCAAAGCACAUGUUCACCAUACUGGUGAAAACAGACUUUGGUUUGGUUGUCUUGAAGCUGGAAGGUGGUAUUUUGCAUUCCCCAUUGGCCCCUUUUCUUCUUCCUCUCUUUCCCCAUCCCCCUUGUCCUCCUUCAGUGAUGGCUGUCUGGGGAGGGAGCAGGGUGUCAGCAUCUGAUUAGAAGUACCCAUCUGUCUAGGAUGGAAAAUAGAAAUUCUUCUUUAAAAGGCAUUGCUAGGAGGAAAUGCUGGGUUUGCAUUGGAAAGGGCGACUGUGUCCUGUGGCUUUCCCACCCCCACCCUCCAGGCAGUCUGGCAAGAAAGGACACUUCAGCUGAGCAUUCCCAAGACCUGUCUCUUCAGCAUGCUGUACUGUGGACAGACCACCUUUGAUGUCUUACCUGUCCUCUCUGCAUACUAGCUGAAAGGAAGCAAGUGUAUGCAGUAGAAACAAUGAUACAUGCACAAGAGGGUGGUGGGGAAAGUUGGUGAGAACCAUUUCCUUCUUCCACAACUCGCCUAAACUUUUUGUUUCUUACUUUAAAAAGUUGGAAAGACCAGUCUAGGUUCUGUGCAUAUGCGAUGUAUAGUUCAUAUUAUCACAUUAAUCUCAAAGAGAUUUGAAUUACAUUAACUAUUUACAUGAAGGAAAGGACACAUGUCAUGACUUUCUAAUGUUGCAGAAGUUGUUUCGGCUAGAACAGCACUACACGGAGUGGGUUUCCAGUCAUUUGCAAGAGCUCACUCCAUAUCCUGAUGCAUUUGGCCACUGCUGUUUAAUGUAGUCAGUUGCAUUAAUUAAAUUAACAUUUUAUUGUAUCUUCUUUUAAAUGUUUAUUUUUUAAAAAGUUUCCUCAGUUAAUACAUUGACAGGAAAGUCCCUGAGAGAGGGAGGAGGAAGAGGAGGAGGAGGAGGCAGAAGCUGUAAACUUUUUGCAGCCCUUACUUGUUGCAGGUGAAAUUUUCCCAAGUUGUGUUUGGGAGAUGCUAACCCAACUCUUUUGAAGCUAAUUCAUUGCUGUGAAUUGACCAGACAUCUCUUAGCAUCUCAGAUCCAAGCAUCAACAUAGAAAAAGCUACUUUGAAAUCUUAACACCUCAGAAAAUAACAAGCUUAUGUAAAGGGAUCUUUUCUCUGUGCUGUGAGAUUCUCUAGCUAAAUAUCUGUAGGUGAUCAACAGCAGUGCUAGGAGUGAGUGUGGAAUAAAGCACUCUUGCUGAUGGAAACCUAGAUGAAUAAACUAUUAUCAGUAAAUGCUUUCAACUGGAAAAAAAGGAACCCCUUGUCUCUCUCAGUGACCUUUUGUAGCAUACAGGAGACUGAACUGUCAUCUGUAAUCCAUACUUUAUUCUUUGCCAUCUGAUAUUUGCCAUCUUCAAUGUCUCAUCCAGGAUUUUUGCGUGGAUUUGUGUCAGGGAAAAAAAAAAGAUUUCCUAUGGAAAUCCUUCUUUAUUUAGGCAGGUGAGGAUGUGUGGGUGGAGAAAUCUCUAUUUCUGCUAAGCAAAAACCUCAGAUGUGCCGUUUUUUAAUGUUAGGUGUCCAGGGUGCUUUGGGAACAGGGUUCCAACAGUGGAUGAGUUCCCAGCUCCAUGCACGAGUUCCAUAGACCCCAAAGGGCUUAGGAGGAUUGGUGAUAAAGGAGCUUUUAACAAGAUCUGGGCGUCAUCUUGAAGAGGUUCUUCUGUAUUGGUACCCAGAGCAGAUAGAAUCCAGUGGCUUCAUUGGAGAGAAUUAGGCACUACAGAGUAUCAGGGUUCAUGCCUGACAAAGAAAUGAGAAAGCCAGCUUUCUGACCAAUUCAGGAAGCCACUUAGGUAUCUGUGUUUGUGCUUCGUGUUUGUGACAUGAGAUUAGUGGCAUGUCCUGUUCAUUUCAUUUUCUAGCAGAGCUUCCAUGAUGCUUUUCAAAAGCCACAUGUAGUUCCUUAGCCUUGGCAUUCUUCAGCUGCUAUUCUGUCCUAGCAGGGAGGUGCCUGUGACCCACUUGUUGCUCUAGUUCCUAUUUGCACAGCUAUCCUCUACCUUCUCAGCUCAUGUGUGCCCUUAGACACAGCUCACUUACGGAAAAUGUCCAAACAGUAAUUUGGGGAGCUAUCUGUAGAAUGUAAAACCUUAAAGCCAUGGGCUAUUUGUAGAUUAAUUUUAACCCAAAUGGCAACUCCUUCUGAAUAGUAUAAAAUGUUUUGCCUUUUUUUUUAAACUGUUCCAAGUUAUUUCCCCCCUUUUUAAGAUUAGACUAUAGAGGGGAAACUUGAGCAUCAUCUCUAAAAUCAAUUUAAUUACAAAAAUGUAGAUUGGGAAGCAGUUAUCAUUAGAAAUAAAGGAUGUCCUCGGGAUUAUGACACUUGUAUUCAUUCUUAUUUAAGCUUCUUCAGUUGACAAAAAAGUUUUCCCAAAUUGAAUAUCUGAUGUGUGAAUGACUUUUGCACAUUUUGGAUUUUUUUUAAAAAGAACAAUUGAUGGAGCUGAGGAAAGAAUACAGUUUGGGGACUUUUAACAGUUGGAUAUAUUGUGUUGCACAGUUUUACGUGUAUUUGGUACAGGUAACAUUUUAAAGGAUGGUGUUCCCCUACAAUAUUCUCAAUGUACAAAUGUCAUGAUUCUGCAGUUUAUAUUGACACUAAUUAAAGGGGCAGUGGGCCAUAGACUGUUGUAGUCAGUAUCUCCAAAGACUUUUUCCUCCCCACCCUUCACUCCCUUCCAAUCUAUUACAACUAUAGCUUAUAACUUAAGAUACAUGUACCACACACAUGUAGGUAGAUGGCCCAGCCUGUUUUCUAUUACAGGCCUGUACUGGAUUUAUCAUCUCAAUUGGCUGUCCUCUUGGCAGGCUUCAUAGGAGAGCAGACAUUUUUUUGCUACAACUCUCUAGUCAGUGACAGAUAUUUUGAUCCUCCUUAUAAUAGGAGUUAAUAACACAUGAGGGCAGGGCUGCUGGCAGACUUUACAGUUGUCCUUGUGUGUAUACUGUUUUUUUAAUUGAAUUUUAAAAAUUAUUGUUAAUAAAUUGAAUUGUAGUGUGUAUUGUUAUUCAUGCCACUGUGCCCCACUCCACUUUUCUGGUGUUUGGCUAUUUUCUAGUCCCAUGUACAUUUACUUUGUGCCCCACAAUCCCCUUCCUUCCCUCCCCCCCCCAACAGUGUGCAUGUCAUUCUGCUAAGGAUGCAAACAUCUGACUUCAUUCUUAGCUUCGGCAAUAUGAGGUGCCAUUUAUGAGGAUCUUUGAUGGAUCACUGUCUUUUCAGGGCUAUCAUCUGUAAUAGGCCAGUCUACUUCCUCCUUACAGAGUUCCUAAAAGGGCUAUACUUUUCUUCCCAUGAAUAACAAGGCUGAGAUCAAAGGAACUGAGAGAUAUGGGAAGGAACCCCAAAAUGAGCAUGGAGCUAUUUCAAUGCCCAGAGGCAGCAUAUAUUUUGACUCUAGUUCCAUCAUAAAAAUGGUUCCAAAGUUGCAGUUUGACUUCAAAAUGAACUUGGGUAGAUAGAGGAGAGGAGAGACAGGCUGAGAAAGGAGAAUAUCAAAAUAUUUGAGUUCCCAAUUUAGAAAAGGAAAAUUCAAACACAAUACAGAAAUAAGGCCGUUCAUUGCAUGAUGAUUUCUCAUCUGCACAUUAGGUUGGACUCAAUGGCUUCUCAAGUCCCUUGAAGCUCAGAAAUCUGUGCUCCUGUGAAAUGUUUUAAGGAUCUUAACUACUUGUUCUGGGGGAAGGGGCCAGAAGGAAGGAAAUAUUAUUGUUAGGGGGCUCCUGCCAAUUACAGAACAAUGUAGAUAAGUAUCACUGAAUUGAGAAUGAAAUCAGUGGAGAAAAUGUGUUUCUGAAAAGUUGUCUGGGAAUCAAAUCCUAUCAAUCAGGUGAAGGUAGACCUGUCAUGAUCUAAACUGGAUUGCAAAAUUCUCAGUGAUUAGUAAUUAAUUUUUCUUUUUGUAUGAUAAAGUGAAGUGUACUCUAGCAUAUCAGUAUUUUCAUAUUUAUGUAGUAACUUCUUAGAACACUCAGAUGGAUCAUAACUAUUUAAUUUCUGGAGAGAAUUAAAAAGGCCUUCCUACCAAGAGAGUAGUGGUUAUGGAAAAUCUGGGAGCAUAGACACUCCUGAGCCUUGGUUCCAUGGUCUGGUGGUUCAUACCAGGUGCCCCCGAAAGCCUCCUCUAUAGGCUUGGAUACUGAUAGCUGUAAAUAAGAAUGGGUAGGAGUCUGGCCCAAGUAAAGGACGGUGGCCAUUGUUCUAGAUGGGUUCCUCUGCACUGAGCCUUCUGGGAGGAAGGAGGUUCAAAGUAUCCCAAUGAUUUGUGCCACCUUCAUGUUGAAGGGAUAUCGUAAGCCUUUUAUCAGUGUGUGGUUGGAGAUGGCCAACAUGAUUAGUCUUCACCCACUUCACUGUCACAUCCAAGUUAUGAUUGACUCUUUGGAGGGGCAGGGGGCUGGCCGUGUGCGUUCGUUACCUUUACUUCUCAACCAAGCCUGGCCUUUUAAUAGCUAUGUAAGAGCAUGCAUGUACUUAGUGUUUUAGAGUUUUUUUUCUAACUUUUUUAUUCUUAUGAAAAGAGCACCUGCUUGUUCAGCAUAGUACCUCUAUUGUUAAAGAUCUGUAUGCCUUCUCCCCCCUCUAUGAUAUGAAACUGUUAAUUGUCAUUCUAAUAAACUGUUAAUUAAAAAAAUUGA